AAGCGGGGCGCCGGCGAUCUCAGAUGGCGGUGGCGGCGAGGCUCGCGAGUUCCUGCCCGUGGACCGCUGGUCCCCGCGCGCUUUCGUGGGCGCGUUCCUGGCGAAGCACCGCGUUAUCUUCGGGGCGGCGAGCGAGAAGAGGCACGGGGACGCUGGCGAGGCGCUCUCCUUCAUCGCGGAUGGUGCGCCGAGUCUCCAACGCCUCUUCAGUUUCAUACAGUCCGACGGUGAGCAGGGGGUCCUGAUGCGGCCCCCGCCCUUCGUGGACGGGGCAGACGAGGGCGACGACGCCGUGCCCCUUCAGGAGUUCUUCCUGGACGACGUGCAGAGACUGGACAUGCGACAGCUGCUCCGCCGCUGCACCUCCAUGGGCGGGCGACGGCUGCUGUCGACGCCGGAGCUGCUGGCCAUCCAAGUGCCAGACAGGUGGGUGCGAGACGGCGAUGAGGCGCUCCUCCUCGGCGCUCUCGACAUCGUGCCCGACUGGGGCGAGCGCUUGGAGGUGGCGUUGGAAACGGCGGGAGGAGACAUCGCAUACCGCCUGCGCGCCUACGUGGAGUGGAUCCCGCCCGCGGGGGUGGUCGCGGUGCACCCCAGCGCGACUGGCAUCCAAGGCCACUACGUGGCCCAUGUCGAAGAGAGCGGGAGCUGGUACAUUGCGGACGAUCUGGGCGAUCGGCCGCACGUGGUCCAGUGGGCGCCCAGUACCGAGCACAAGGUGCCCCGCCUGAUCCUCCUCGAGAGGGUGGACACCCAAGCGGCCCGGGCCGCGGCGUGCCCCUGGCCGCCAGCGGCGGUCGUCGACGGCGCGGAGGGCGCGGGCGAUGGCGGCGACGCCGACGCGGACGGCGAGGAGAGCCGUGGCCUGGACGGAGAGAACGAGGAGGAGGACGGGGCCGGCGACGCCAGCUUGUCGGGCGCGCGGAAGCGGCCCGCGGCGUCUGCGAGGCGCGGCGCGCCCCCCAAGAAGCGGCUCCGCCUCCGAGGGAAGCAGAGCGCGGCUGGCAGGCGCGACGGCCGGAGCCGCGCUAGCAGGCAGCAGAGCCGCGCUGGCAGGCAGCAGGAGGAGAAAAAGCGCGGGCGCAGGCCGGAGGAGGUGCUCCGGCAGGGGCGGAAGCCGAAGAGCAAGGGCGACAACGCCGACGGGUCUAGGCAGGACGCCCAGAACAACGCCGCCGCCCCUGUCCUGCGCAGCAGCAGAGAGGCGAAGAGCUUGCAGGCGGCCUGCGACGCGCGCCGGGAGUGCGGCGACCUCUUCUUGCUCUUGCACUUGCUGGAGCCGCUGGCCGCUGCCGAUGACCUGCUGAAGCAUUGCCCUGACUUCUUCGUCUACGCCGGCGACGAUUGCGCCAACCGAUGGGCGACGUUCCUGCGCGCCCCCGAUCGGCCAAACAAAUUGGCAGGCAGGCUGCGGGAGGCGCUCGGGGUCACGGAGGAGGAGAUUUCCGACGCCAGGCGCCGACUGGAGUGCGGGGAGUGGCACAUGCACCACGUCGCGGAGCUCCUGGACGAGCGCCUGAACUCCGCCCGCGGCGUACACUGCGUGUCGGCCACGGUCCGCAUGGCGGCGGGCGACGGGCCGGGGGCGCAGGGCGACGGCAAUCCGCCGAGGGCGCACCUGGCGGAGGCGUGGCAGCGCAGACCCUGCAACCGCGGGCCGCCACGGCACUCGGCCAUGCCUGCGCGCCUUCGGGAUCGCUCUGAGUGGUUUCAGUGCCCCGCGCCUGCGCUGCAGUAUACCUGCCGCGCGUGCGAGGCCGAGUUUCCCAACAGGGAGGAGGUCAAGGCGCGCCAGGACAGGGUCCACGGGGGGCAGCGGUGGUUCCAGUCGCAGUACGAGGCGCGAUGCGAGCUGGAGCCCUACCAGCCGUCGCCGACCGAGGAGCGCCAGGUGGUUCGCAGGUUCCACGUCUCCCAGUCCUGCGCCACCGUCGACCCCUUGGACGAGCCGUUCGCCCCGAAGCUUGAAUCGGAAGUGCAGAAGCAGCUGUUGCACGCGGCGAUCAUCGUAAGGAUCGUCGGCGAGAUCGGACAGGGGGCUCCCGCGGAGGAUGCGUCCCUGCAGACGGCCGACGCGGCGGAGUCGGCAGCCCGCGCUCAGGCGGCGUGUCAGGCGAGGGAGCCCCGCGCGCCCCGGGCCUGCGUCUGCUGCGCCAUGCAGCAGUGGUCCGAGAACCUCCACUCGGAGUUCCUCGUGGGCGACAAGUGCACCAUAAAGGACCGGGCCCAGUUCGCGGAAUGCCUGUCGGCCGAGUGGUAUCACCAACGAUGGCCCCUCAUACCGCGCGAGGAGCUGUCGUCGGCCGUGGACUUCCCCCACGAAGACAGCGAGGGCUCGCCGACGUUCACGAAGAUACUCUUGCACAAGAGGCGCGUGCCGCCAGAGGCGCUCGAAGGAAGGGAGCCGGUGAAAGUGUGCGACGACUGCCGAAAGGAAGGCGCUCUCGCGCACCAGAUGCUGCUCGCGCUGGGCCGCGUCGUGUCCACGAAGAUCUACCUGUCCAGCAAGGGCGCCGACAAGGCCGUCCGGCAGGAGCAGCAGUCGUGGAGGCAGAAGUUCUUGCAGUAA